CCACAAAUAAUGGGCUGUCUACCGCGGGAAAUCGAAUCACGAAUUUUUAGCGUUUUAAGUCCGGAAACUUACUGCUGACCCACUGUGUGAUGUCUAUUUGCAUGACAAUGAAGAGAAAAACAUCGGAAAGUUCACAGAUAUGAUUUCAAUUCUUGAUACAUCGUGCUUACAAGUCUUGAAGUAAUCGUUUCAAGGCUCGUUAACCGGAAGACUUAACAACUACACAGAAUAAUAAGAGAAAAAAGAAUAAAUUGUUUUUGUAUCUAUCAGCAUUACUGCCGGGACGUUUCAACAGAUAUUUUCAUGAAACUAAGUUACAAUAGUUGGUAUUGUUUUUAACCAACAAUGGCCACGUCACUGUGUAAUAGUUCCGGUUCACCUACAGAUGGGAGGCCCGUCUCUCAAGAGGGUAGUCAUGAAGUAAGAAAGCACUCGUCAGGGGAAUCCACAAUGGAGCCGGAUGCGCCAAAAAAACAAAAUUUGGCCUUUUCAAUUGCAAAAAUCAUGGAAUCGGAACCCGAAAGAUGUAAACCUGUUAAGCCUAACGUAUCGUUAGAAACCGUGUUUGAGGAUUUCAAGAAACGCUUUAAUAAUCCAGUGAUUUCUCAUGGUUCUACGUGUAACCCCGCAGGUCCUCUGAUGAGUGCAGGAUAUCCUACUGGAACAAGUAACUUAGCUCCUUACUCAUUUUUUAUGAGUCCUUUUGGACCACGACUUACUGAUGUGCGAUAUAAUCAAGACGUGCUAGAACCAUACUCUGGCGUCACAACGGACUCAACCUAUGACAGUAGUUUUAAAAAAGUUGCGGCUUCCAUUGGGUUAAGAGAUGUCCCUUAUUUGUCGCCUCCUGGUAUUGAUACUAAUCCUCGGUUUCCUCACAUGAGAGCUCAAGACUUACUCCGACAUUACGGAGUCCUAUACUCUCUCUACCCUCCCCAGUCAGUUGCACACAUCAUGAAUAUGCGUAAUUAUGGACUUAGGCCCGAACAAGAACGAGCUUUAUCUCUGUGGAGGAAUUCGUCUCAACCAAGUUACCCACAUUUAGCACAGGACGAUGCGUUUUUUAAAAUUAUACGACCACAGCCUAUGAUCCCACCCUCAGGUCGUAGCAUAGCUGCUUGUCCGUCACAAAGCCAAGAAAAGCGAGACCUUCUGAAGCAGCAACAGUCAACGUUUCUAACUAGUUCAGACGAUAUCGUACCGAUAGUGUCUUCUAUCAAUGGUCCAAGAAAUUCUGAAAGCACUAUAUCGACUCCUAAUAGUAGUGGUCUUCAGCUGACGGGAACCUUGCGAGGCAGAAGAAGUAUAAACAAACAAAAAACAUUCACGUGUACAGAAUGUGGAAAAAUUUUUAAUGCCCACUAUAACCUGACUCGUCAUAUGCCUGUACAUACAGGAGUCCGACCUUUCGUGUGUAAGGUUUGUGGGAAAGGAUUCCGUCAAGCUAGCACUUUGUGUCGCCACAAAAUUAUUCAUACAGACGAGAAGCCGCAUAAGUGUCACACUUGUGGAAAAUCCUUCAAUCGGAGCUCCACCCUCAACACGCACAUUAGGAUCCAUGCUGGUUAUAAACCAUAUAUCUGCGAGUUCUGUGGCAAAGGUUUUCACCAGAAGGGUAACUACAAAAACCACAAGUUAACGCACAGUGGCGAGAAAGCCUACAAGUGUUCCGUGUGUAACAAGGCAUUCCACCAGGUCUACAACCUUACCUUUCACAUGCACACACAUAAUGACAAGAAACCUUACACAUGCAAGGUCUGUGGCAAGGGCUUUUGCCGAAAUUUCGAUUUGAAGAAACACAUGCGAAAAUUGCACGAAAAUAUUCACUUAACAACAGCCGCUAGUAAUGGGUCGAACAUAAUUAAUUCCAACUCCAGUAGCGCCACCACCGUAAACGUUAAUCUUGUUAAUCCUUUUUUUGUCACACCGAGUAAUAAUAGUUAUAUAGAGCAGUUACCAGGAAUUAUCUAACGUACAAAAAAUAUUUGGGAAAAUAAUUAGUUAGAGUUCAAUAGUCUAAUAACUGUGACUUUAACUUACUUAAAUUUAUUUAAUAAUCAUAAUUUAUUAUGCAUGCAUUCGAUUAGUUGAAUAAGGUAACUGAUCCACUAAAUGUUGUGAAUUAUUGACGAAAUGACAAAUUAAAUAUAAACUAAUUUAUAAUUAACAGAACUUUGUAGUUCUCAGUUUGACGUUAGGUGGCGAUAAAACAAAAAGUUUUAUUAUUAAAGCUGUGUUCUAAAAUGGUAGUUGUGUACAUGUUACGUAGUCUUAUCUUAAAGGGUUAUAUUUGAUCUUAUGUUAAGUGUCAUUCUAUGGGCGCUAAUUGAAUAAUAAAUUAUUAUGAUAUCACAUGUUUAUUUUUAAAUAUUUCAUCAAGAAAAUUGUUUCUUACUGCAUUUUAAGGGUCAGUAUCGAAAAAAUAAUAAUAAUUUAAAUUUUAUUCGUAAUUAAUUCCAAAACAUAUUGUUCAAGGUCUAAUAUCGAAUAUUGAAAUAAAAUAUGCUUUCAUUGGUACACUGAUUGUUUUUUUCUUUUUAAUUGGAUUAGCAAACACUUAAUAAUUAAAAAUGCAAUCAGAAUGAUUUUGUUAUUAUUUAUAGGUUGUUAUGGAGAUAUAUCAUAAAACUUCGGCAAAUCAAUUUUUAUCUUAAUAAAUUUUGUUUAAUGUUGGAAGAAUAUUUUACCAUUAAUGUACAGGUAUCAUUAUUUACCGUUUCAGAAUUUAAAAUUAUGAAUGAUCUAAAAAUAAAAAUAAUUAAUCCGCAUGUUUUCAAAAGAAAAAAAUCUUUUUGUCCGUAUUCUCUAACUUGAAUUUGACGAUAACGUAUCUAACAACAGCGGUUACAACAUUCCAAUUUAAUUUUAUUGUUGUCUCCCUGUGUAUCAUGGGUAAGUCUCCAGACUUACAACACUAAAAUCCGAGGUUCGAUUCUCCGCAGUUGAGAGAUCGCAGAUAAAUCAUUGUGUAGCUUUGCGCUAAAGAACCACCAAUAGCAUAACUUUGUUGUAGCUGUAUAUUAUCAUAGUUUUUAAUUAAAAUUAGUAUAUUAAUAUAUUUCUAUUUUAACGAAACUAAUAAGCACGUCACUCCAUUCAAAGGAAGAUAAUGUUACUACCCCUGAUGAAAUUGGAUGAUUAUCCCUACCCGUCAUAGAAUUGGAUGUAUUAUCCAUAUGAGUGAUGAAACCGAAUUCUCUAUUUAUAUUUCUUUAAAAGGUGUGCUAAAUUAUUGCUGUGUUGAUAAAUCUUUGUCAAUCUUAGUUGUUUUGGAUUAAGGAAAUAUAGCGUGUGUACCUAUAUUUUUCAUGUAUAUUAAAAGUUUUCAUUUUGAUUAAAUGUUGUAUUAUGGGCAUAAAUUGUGUCUAGAGACAUCUACAAUAGUUUCAGAAGAAGAAAAUCUGAAAUAUGUUCAUUCCAUUACUCCCGGAGACGUGAAACUUGUUUUAAUGAAAGAUUACACAAAAAGAGUGUUCUAAAUAUAAAUGCUACUUAUUGAUGUAAUACUUUCGUCAUCAUUUUUAAAUUUGUUUGAAUUUUAUUUUUUCAGGGGGCAUAAUCAGAAUAAAAUGUAACAGUUUCAAAAGAAGCUGGUAGCAGGAAGAGUGCAUAUCAGUUUUCUAGCAUUUAAUGCUAACUGAUAAAGAGUAUUGUUUCAUUUGUACAGAAGAUUCUGUACUUGCCAUUGUACUUUAUGAAUGCGUGAGACCAGUCGCCAUUAGUCUUACUGAAAAAAAAAUUAAAUGAUGUAUCAUAUAAUGUGCAUUAAUUUAAAUUCAAACUCUCCAUAUUUUCAUUAUUUGCUAUACUUUUUUUCUAUACUCGAUCUCAGACAACCAUUUUAAAGAAAACAAUGUAAUACAAAAUAUGAAUAAUGGGAGAAGAAGCAAUAUUUAGGUAUUUUGUCAUUUCUGUAUUCUCGCAUAUUAUGACGUAAUAGACAAGUCUAUUCGAAGUAUACAUAUUUUUCUUGGUAUAUUUUUUUCGUAGAAACCCAAAACAUAAUGAAUUAACUGUUAACUUCAGAAUAAGGAAAUAAAAUUAAUAUAUAUGAGAAUACAAUUAAUAAAAUUCUAAACAAAUCUUAAUUAAUUUUUCUUUUCAUUUUGAGAAAGAUGUUUUAUGUAUUUACUAAUUUCAAAAAGCUGAGUGAAAAAUUUAUUCUUUGGGUUACUGGUUUAAUGAUUUCUUAUACGUUACGAUAAACCAUUUUGCUGGUAAGAUCAAUCUAUUUAAGCUGUAAAAAUCGUUAGUUUUGGAAACAUUGAAUUUUUUUAGUUCGAAGUAAGAUAUGUUUAUAAAAUCAGCUUAUGAUCAAGUGAAGCUACCUAUAUACAUCAGAACUAAACACACACGCACAUAUAUAUAUAUAUACUCAGUAAUGAACACAGCUAAUUAAAUAAAAUGUUCAAACCAUAUUAUAUAUAACGAUUAGAAUGCAUUCUUUUGCAAGUAAAGUUCCC